GCGUUGACGAAUGAGGAUACAUUCUGAGCACAAAAGCACAUGUUGAUAGUAAUGUUAUGGUUCGGCUGUCGUAAAAGCUAGCAAGGUUCAAGCUUCAAGCGUCCGAAAAAAAAAAAACCGUUUGUUUACUGACCAGAGCAUGGCAGCAGUUGUGGAGUCGGACCCAGACCGGUGUGGAAGCGAAGAGGAAGGUCGGGGCAACGAUACCGAGGAGGAGAAUAUUCAGCCACCGGGGCCCAUUGUAGCUCCGCAGAACCGCCUGGUGAAGUUACCGCUCUCCCGCAUUAAAGCUCUGAUGAAGGCAGAUCCUGACGUGUCUCUCGCCAGUCAAGAAUCCGUGUUCAUCAUUGCCAAAGCCACGGAACUAUUCGUGGAGAUGAUCGCUAAAGAUGCGCUUGUGUACGCUCAACAAGGAAAGCGGAAAACGUUGCAAAGAAAAGAUCUUGAUAAUGCAAUAGAGGCCAUAGAUGAGUUCGCCUUCCUUGAAGGUACUCUGGACUAGACCGCCUCUCAUCUUCUCAAGGACUCUGAUGGUAAAACAGAUGAAUCUGCAGCAUGUAAGAUAUCAAGACUGAUAUCCAGUAUGUUUGUAUCAUCUGCUUAAAUGUUGGUGUCAGUCUGCGACACCGUCCUCACAAGCAGGGCGUGUGUAAGGCUCUUUCCUUCCUCCUCCAGGCCUAGUGGGCCCAAAGUGAACAUCCAUCGUUUCUACUUUGUACUCGGACAUGCUCAGUCUCCCCAUUUUAUAAUAAUAUUUGUAAAUAUUGUGAAAUCUUAUGUUGGAAUUAAAUCAUACAGAUGUUUUCAUGUU